UAUCGAUGUCCAUUCUAAAAAUCGAAAGCGCACCGAAAAAGAAACCAAAAAUACAAAGAAAAAUUUCACCCAUACCUCCAGUGCUGCCGCUGAUCUCAGCUCGGAGCAGCGGGGAGACCAAGCUCGAUCGAUUCAUCGGCGCUCAUUCGGAGCUCGGACAAGGCAAUGGGGGACGUGGGUGAUGUCAAGCCGGCGGCGAUCGCUGGGGAAGGGGAGAAGAAAGGUAAGGAGCAAAGUGUGGGGUUCCACGAGCUCUUCUCCUUUGCUGACCGGCUUGAUCUAGCGCUCAUGGCGGCUGGUACCAUCGGUGCCAUCCUCCAUGGCGCUGCCAUGCCUGUCUUCUUCCUCUUCCUUGGUGACCUCUUCAAUGGCUUCGGCAAAAACCAGCACGAUCUCCACGCCAUGACCGCCGAAGUCUCCAAGUACGCUCUAUACUUCGUAUACCUCGGCAUCGUGGUUUGCUUGGCAUCGUACGCAGAGAUUGCUUGCUGGAUGUAUACGGGGGAGAGGCAGGUGGGCACGCUUCGAAAGCGCUACCUGGAGGCCGUGCUGAUGCAGGACGUGGGGUUCUUUGACACCGACGCGCGCACCGGGGACAUCGUCUUUGGAGUUUCUACCGACACGCUGCUCGUCCAGGACGCCAUUAGCGAGAAGGUGGGGAACUUCAUACACUACUUGUCGACGUUCCUGGCUGGGCUGGUGGUUGGGUUCGUGUCGGCGUGGCGGCUGGCGUUGCUCAGUGUGGCGGUCAUCCCCGGCAUUGCGUUCGCCGGAGGGCUUUAUGCGUAUACUAUCACUGGUCUCACUUCGAAGAGUCGUGAGUCUUACGCCAAUGCUGGCAUUAUUGCCGAACAGGCUAUUACUCAAGUUCGGACCGUAUAUUCAUAUGUGGGUGAGAGCAAGGCACUCAAUGCCUACUCUGAAGCUAUUCAGAACACUUUGAAGCUUGGAUACAAGGCAGGGAUGGCAAAGGGUCUUGGGAUUGGGUGCACGUAUGGUAUAGCGUGCAUGUCAUGGGCGUUGGUUUUCUGGUAUGCCGGUGUCUUCAUUAGGAAUGGUCAAACAGAUGGUGGAAAAGCUUUCACAGCCAUUUUUUCUGCCAUAGUUGGUGGCUUGAGUCUCGGGCAAGCAUUCUCUAAUCUUGGAGCAUUUAGCAAAGGGAAAGCUGCUGGAUACAAGCUGCUUGAAAUAAUUAGGCAAAAACCAUCCAUAAUUCAGGAUCCUUCCGAUGGCAAAUGUUUAGAUGAAGUUCAUGGAAAUAUAGAACUCAAAGAUGUAACAUUCAGUUAUCCAUCACGUCCUGGUGCCAUUAUUUUCCGAGACUUUUCUCUCUUCUUUCCUGCAGGAAAGACUGUUGCAGUUGUUGGAGGUAGUGGGUCUGGAAAGAGCACUGUGGUUGCUUUGAUUGAAAGGUUCUAUGACCCUAAUCAAGGGCAGGUUCUGUUGGAUAAUGUGGACAUAAGGACUCUUCAAUUGAAGUGGUUACGAGAUCAAAUUGGGCUGGUAAACCAAGAACCAGCACUUUUUGCGACCACAAUCCUUGAGAAUAUACUUUAUGGAAAACCGGAUGCCACAAUGGCUGAAGUUGAAAAUGCUGCAUCUGCUGCAAAUGCUCACAGCUUUAUAGCUCUACUUCCCAAUGGGUACAACACCCAGGUUGGUGAGCGAGGAGUUCAGUUAUCUGGUGGUCAGAAACAGCGAAUUGCCAUUGCUCGAGCCAUGCUGAAGAAUCCCAAGAUCCUGCUCCUGGAUGAAGCUACAAGUGCCUUGGAUGCAGGCUCUGCAAGCAUUGUUCAAGAAGCACUGGACCGCCUCAUGGUUGGGAGAACAACUGUAGUGGUUGCGCAUCAACUAUCGACGAUUCGAAAUGUUGAUACAAUUGCUGUUAUCCAACAAGGACAGGUAGUCGAGACAGGAACCCAUGAAGAACUGCUUGCUAAGGGAAGCACUGGAGCAUAUGCAUCUCUAAUGAGGUUCCAAGAAAUGGCAAGAAAUAGAGAUUUUGGUGGUAUGUCCACUCGAAGAUCUAGAUCUUCGCGCCUUAGCCAUUCUCUGUCUACCAAGUCUUUAAGCCUAAGAUCUGGAAGUUUAAGGAACUUGAGCUACCAGUACAGCACUGGAGCUGAUGGGCGUAUUGAGAUGGUCUCUAAUGCUGACAAUGAUCGGAAAUAUCCAGCACCUGAUGGCUAUUUCAUCAGGCUUCUUAAGUUAAAUGCUCCAGAAUGGCCAUAUGCCAUCUUGGGCGCCAUUGGAUCAGUUCUUUCUGGAUUUAUUGGACCAACAUUUGCAAUAGUGAUGAGCAAUAUGAUUGAGGUGUUCUAUUACAGGGAUACCAAUUUGAUGGAGAGCAAGAUCAAGGAAUUUGUGUUCAUAUACAUUGGAGCAGGACUCUAUGCUGUUGUAGCUUAUCUAGUGCAGCAUUACUUCUUCAGCAUAAUGGGGGAGAAUCUCACAACCCGGGUUAGAAGAAUGAUGCUCGCUGCAAUAUUAAAGAAUGAAGUAGGUUGGUAUGAUGAAGAGGAGAACAAUUCAACCCUUGUUGCCGCUCGAUUGGCAACUGAUGCUGCCGAUGUGAAGUCCGCAAUUGCAGAGAGAAUUUCUGUGAUUCUGCAGAACAUGACCUCUCUUCUCACAUCCUUUGUUGUCGGUUUCAUUGUUGAGUGGCGUGUUUCCCUCCUCAUUCUCGGCACCUUCCCUCUCCUUGUUCUAGCCAACUUCGCCCAGCAACUCUCACUGAAAGGAUUUGCUGGAGACACAGCAAAGGCACAUGCUAAAACCAGCAUGAUUGCCGGAGAGGGAGUGAGCAACAUUCGCACAGUUGCGGCCUUCAAUGCACAAGACAAGAUCCUCACUCUUUUCCGGCAUGAGCUCCGAAUCCCUCAGCUCCGCAGUUUUCGUCGGAGCCAAACAUCUGGGAUUCUCUUUGGGCUUGCCCAGCUCUCUCUUUAUGCAUCCGAAGCUCUCAUUCUCUGGUAUGGAGCUCACCUUGUUCGUUCAGGCAUGUCCACAUUCUCGAAGGUCGUCAAGGUGUUUGUUGUUUUAGUUAUUACUGCAAAUUCUGUUGCUGAGACUGUAAGUAUGGCACCUGAGAUCAUUCGCGGUGGGGAAUCAAUUCGAUCAGUCUUCUCCAUUCUCAACCGUGGCACCCGCAUUGAUGCCGAUGAUCCAGACAGUGAGUCUGUGGACUCAAUACGAGGCGAGAUUGAACUUCGGCAUGUUGAUUUCACCUACCCAUCUCGGCCUGAAGUCUCCAUCUUCAAGGACCUCAACCUUCGCAUUCGUGCAGGCCAGAGCCAGGCACUAGUAGGAGCUAGUGGCUCCGGUAAGAGCUCAGUCAUCGCACUCAUCGAACGGUUCUACGAUCCAACCGCAGGGAAAGUUAUGAUUGAUGGCAAAGACAUUAGAAGACUACACCUGAAAUCCCUCAGGAUGAAGAUUGGUCUAGUGCAGCAAGAGCCAGUGCUAUUUGCGGCCAACAUCUUCGACAACAUUGCCUAUGGCAAAGACAAUGCAACUGAAGCAGAAGUCAUUGAAGCCGCAAAAGCAGCAAAUGUGCAUGGUUUUGUAAGUGCAUUGCCCGAUGGAUACAAAACGGCGGUCGGGGAGCGAGGUGUGCAACUUUCCGGUGGACAGAAGCAGAGGAUUGCGAUUGCAAGAGCCGUGCUGAAAGACCCGGCAGUGUUACUCCUCGAUGAAGCUACAAGUGCAUUAGAUGCAGAAUCAGAAGCAAUGCUGCAGGAAGCAUUGGAGAGGCUGAUGAGAGGCCGAACAACGGUGAUUGUUGCUCAUCGGCUUUCAACGAUUCGGGGAGUUGACAGCAUUGCCGUGGUGCAAGAUGGCCGGAUCACAGAGCAAGGUAGCCAUGGCGAGCUCAUUGCCCGGGGACCUGAAGGAGCCUACUCUAAGUUAUUGCAGCUGCAGCACCACCACAUUUAAACAAAGAUGGAAGUGAUGAUCAAUCAAAUGCAGCAUUUUGGGUUUUUUUUUGUUUUUGUGUUAUGGUGGUGAAUCAGUGAAUGUAGAUAUGUUUUGAGGACUUUGGAGUAUCAAUGGUGAUAAAUAUUUGUUUGGACUGAAUAUUAGAGCAGUAAGGUGUUUGAUUAAGGGAAGGUGAAAUUAAUUAAGGUAUUUGAUAAUGUUUAUUA